AUCGUUGUCGCUGUCCGGAAACAGGAAAUCGGUGUUUCUCCUCUCCGAAGAAGUAACCACUCAUCAAACAUCCAACUGUCGCCUUUAGUUUAGUUUCUCUUUCAAAAACGCAGUAAGCACUGAGCUACUGAAGCUACCGAAUCUACCGGACACCGAGAGACGGCAGAGACGGAACGGAAAACAUCCAAGAUGGCGGAGGAAAACAUCUUCUUCUUCGUCCCCAAUUUGAUCGGUUACGGCCGUAUCCUCCUGGCCCUGCUGGCCUUCGCUCUGAUGCCCUGCUGUCCCUGGACCGCCGUCUUCUGCUACCUGCUCAGCGCCCUGCUGGACUCUUUGGACGGACACGCGGCCCGAGCCCUCAACCAGAGCACUAAGUUUGGAGCCAUGAUGGACAUGCUGACGGACCGCUGUGCCACCAUGUGUCUGCUGGUCAACCUGUCGCUGCUCUACCCGUCCUACGUCUUCCUCUUCCAGCUCAGCAUGUGUGUGGACAUCGCCAGCCACUGGCUGCACCUGCACAGCUCGACAAUAACAGGCUCCGCCAGUCAUAAGAGCAUCGACCUCUCGGGGAACCCCAUCCUCCGGAUCUACUACACCUCCAAGCCGGUUCUGUUUGUCAUGUGCGCCGGGAACGAGCUCUUCUUCUGCCUCCUCUUCCUCCUCCAUCACAUCCAGGAGCCUGCAGCCUGGCUCUACUGGCUUCAGGGGCUCUGUGGGACGAUCUGCCUCCUGAAGACGGCCAUCAGUGUGGUUCACCUGGUCACCGCCUCACAGAACAUGGCUGCCAUGGACGCCGCCGAGCGGGAGAAGAGCGGGAAGACUCAGUGAGAGGGGGAGGAGCUAUUCAGCCAUGUUUUUAUUUAUUCUUUUUUGUCCGUGCACUUAAAGAGGAAGGACCAGAGAGGGGAAGAAGGAUUUAUGACCAAACGCGGUGACGUCCGAUGAACGUCUGCUGGAUUAUUCAUCAGGACGUGAUAAAUAAUACAGAAUCAAGUAGGAGAUCCGUCGUCAGGCUUCAGUCACAGAACGCUUUUCAUCCUCUGACAUUUUAAUAACCACAAAGCUGUUUAAUAGACACGACAAUCAAAUGUAUUUAAGUCUUUGGUUCUCAAUGAGAUUAUUACUGAUUCAUAUUUUGACAGUUUGACAAACACCGUUCAUUUAAGAGAGGCAUUAAACAGAAAAUAUUUAUUGUUCUAUCUAAACUGCAGUUGUACCCCCUCAACCCGCCAACUAAUAUUCGAGUUUUGUGGACUAAAUGAUCAAAGGAUGAGCUAAAUGUAAUGCUGAUCACCUCCUGUCAAACGUUUUGGAGAAAAUCGCUAUGGUAAAAUGAAAAUAGUAUUCCUCAUUAAUGCUGUUAUUGUUGUAAAAUGUAAAAUGUAUUUAUCCGGAUGGGAUUAUGUGGACAGACCAAACAAGCGAAGAAAAAACAUUUAAUGUUUUAUCAGUUUGUGCUUAUUCAACAUUCAUGUUUAUUUUUGUGCUUCAAACAGGAAACGGCACCAAGCGUGUACACAUUGAAAUGCUAAACAUGAAAAGACACCGUAUGUGUUUGCAGUGUUGGAAUAGAAUGUAUUUUAAUAGUAGAAUAUGCACAUGUAUAUCAGAUGGUAUAAAAGUGCAAAUGGUUUGACUUAAAUGUGCAAAUAAAAACUGACCACCACAUUUA